AUGUCGCAGCAGCCUGUGAUCGACGAGGCUACCGUUGGGGCAGACGAAGGCCUUGAUACGGCGAAGACCCUGGAAACAACUCAGGUCCAAGACCAGUACAUCAAGCUCCUUCUGAAGAAGAUAGCCUUGCUUGAAGAACGCCUUUCGGCAAAUAACGACGAUGAUCGAGCGUCACAGAAGAAUGACGGCAAAUCCGAGGCACCUGUUGAAAAGAACGAUACCGAGGAAGAAGAGGAACCCCGAUACGUCAUCAUUGUAAACAAGUGGGAUCCUGACACUGGCGACUACAAAGAUGACGAGAUCACGAAAAGUAACGAGAAGAAGGAGAUAGGACCCAAACCUGAGAGUCGCAGAGCAUUUACCUUUCGCAAGUCCACCAUGUUUCGGCCUCGUUAUAACAUUGUCGAAACAGUCCUAUCAGUGGCCCAGAUCGAAGCCGAGCCAUUGCAGAGGCUGAUUGGCAAAAUAACGUCAAAGCUCGGAGCAGACGAAUUAGUCAAAAGCAUCAGCUCUCCUUUUGAUAAUCUGGUCUGGAUGUGGGCAGAAGCCGAAGAUGAAGCGAAGAAGUUUGUGGAGAGCGAGACGCCCGAGGAAAAGCAAGCCCGUGUCGACCUCCGCGAGCUUAUGCGGAUCAUCUCCACAUCUUCAGGUAUCCAACAUCUCGACCAGUACUUCAAAGAAAGAAGCCUCUUCGAUAAUGAGAGUAGCAUCUCGCACGCAGCUCUGUGGACGCUGUUCCCUCCAGGUACCCUGAUCGUCUCACACCCCUGCCUGGGUGAGCCUCAGAUCUUUACCGUCGAUUCCUGUGAUUCUUUCAUUCUACGAGAAGAUCACACCUUCGAUCUGACAUGCUUCAGCUUCGACUGGACUGGCACAGAGUUUACCAGGGUACCGUUCGAGAUAAAGAUUAGCCACUGGGGUUCCAAUCGGAAGAGCAUCGCUGAAUUACCGUUCUAUCCGCUCAAAUAUUACACUAGCCCAGAUGAACAAGACAUUUCAUCGGAUGACGCAAUCGCUCGCCUCAAGGAACGACUUGUGGCUCGGGGAGAGAAGUUUGUCAAGCUCUGUAAUCCGGGCAAAGGCAAACAAAUGUUUACAUACUCCGGUGAUGCGUACUUUCACACGGGACGUAGCUUCGUUGGGAACAAUGAUGAUGAGGGCAGGCGCCUUCGACACGAUGAUGAUACUACAUCUACCGACACCGGGGAUGGACGGAUCAGCGAGGCUCGAUACGUGCAGAGGAAGAAGAUUGAGGGCACCACGAUGGUCGAUUUCACCUCUUUCUUCGAAUACUUACCCGCGAACACUCCAAUUCUCGGAGAUCUUCCCCAGUUCCGUGGCCAACUGGAGAAUCUAUCACCCGAGAAACGCGCCAACAAGAUAUACAGAGACAUGUACAAGACUCACUGGGAUCGACACCCCUCUGGCAAACCCAUAUCGUCAGAGCAACUCAUGCAUUGUCCUCCAAGGGUCCUCGGAUACGCGCUGAAGCAGAAGAAGUGGGCGCAGCUGCUGGUAGAAAAACUCAAACCUCCUAACGAUGCUGAUGCAAGUGUCUUCCGCGACAAGUUGCAGCUCGACUCGGACUCUAAAGACCUGGUUAGAUGGUCCGUGCAAGCACAUGAACACGGGAAGGACGUCGACGCCAAGGGCGAAUCCAAGAGCUUGCAAGACUUUGCGCCGGACAAGGGUAAGGGUCUCGUCAUCAUGCUCUACGGCCAUCCCGGCGUCGGAAAAACUCUAACCGCAGAGAGUGUAGCUCUUAUGGCCGGCAAGCCUCUACUUUCCGUUGGGGUAUCUGACAUCGGGAUUGAAGGCGACAAAGUCGAAGCCAACUUGCAAAAGAUAUUCGACCUUGCAGGAAAAUGGGAGGCCGUACUCCUCUUCGAUGAGGCGGACGUCUUUCUCGAAGCGCGCGGUCGCGGGGAAAAUGAUCUGAGGCGUAAUGCCAUGGUCUCGGUACUCUUGCGCGUGCUAGAGUAUUAUGACGGCAUACUGAUCCUCACCACCAACCGCAUGAGAUCUUUUGACAUCGCUGUCCAGAGUCGCAUUCACAUUGCGAUCAAAUACGAAGAACUCAUGCAAUCGCAACAAAUUGCCAUUUUUGAAUCCUUCCUCGUGCAACUCCAAGGCAAGAAACUCGUUCAUAAUUUCGAUGACCUUAUGCGAUGGGUCGAGAAAGACAGUCGCAAACUCGGAUUCAAUGGCCGACAGAUCAGAAAUGUGGUGUCGACAGCUAUGGGGAUUGCUUUGGUGGAUAAGGAGAAUGGUGGGAAGCUGAAAAGGGAACAUCUCAUGCGCGUUGCCGAGCAGACGAAGCAGUUCAAGACUGAUUUGAUCGCUGAGGAGGAGAUGUAUAAGAGGUUGCAGAAGGGGAUUUCUUGA